GCAUACCAUAGUACCAGCUCUAAAGCAAAACAAGAAGAAAAAACCAUUCUUUUUCUGCAAAGGAAAUAGGUGCAAUUUGGUCGUUUACUAGCUUAAAUCUAGUGUAAAAUGAGUUCGGCCCGCUUUGCGCGCUCCGGGCGCGUCCGCAUCUGCAUCCUGAUGAGCAUGUUCAUCGUGCUCAUCAUGAUGAUAGUGAUCUACCAAAUGUCUCAACACCAAUUGGACGAGAGCCGCGCCUUCCAAGAGGGCCUCAGUGUCCAGAUGCAAUCUCUAAAUGCCGAGAAACUGACCGCCGAGAAGAGAAUGAGUGUGCUGCGCUCGGAAAAGAUGAGCCUGCAGGAGCAGUACGAGGGCCAGUUGGCGGAGGCAGUGCAAAAGCAGCAGGAUACGGAGCACGCACUUCAGGAGAAGUUCGACGCCCAGGUAGAGAAGUACAAGCUGCUGGAGGUGAAGUACUCGGAUCUGGAGGCCGAGUGCCUUAAGAGCAAGAAGAAACACAUCGAGGACACAAAUGCGUUCGACCAAAAGCUGCAAAAGGUCCUCGCUGACCUCCAUAAGGACAAGGCCAGCAAGGAGCGCGAAGUGUCUGCCUGGAAGGAAAAGCUGGUCAAGUUGCAGCGUGAUGGGGAGCACAAGAUUCACGCCCUGGAGGCCACAAUUGCAGAAUUCAAGACAAACUGCAACUAUGUACCUAAAGUUCAGCCUGCCGAGGCGCCGGCCCAUGGCCACCAGCAGCAACUAAAUAAGCCCGCCGAGCAGAUGCCCACAACGCACCACUCCAAUCCCGCCCAGCUGGCGCACAGCAUUGAAAAGCCACGCAACGAGAAGUCCUUCGAUGCCCAAGUGCAAGUGAGUGACGGCCUCUACAGGAUUGGCGGCGGGGUAAAUCUGCUAGCAACUAACCCAAAGCAAAACCUAACCAAACUAAACUUAACAACCGCGUCUACUAAUUCCACAAUUAAGAGUAAUGGUGACGGAACCCAGGAGCAGCCGCAGCACCUGCCUCUGCUGCCCUAUGCCGUGCGCAACAACCACAGCCUCAUACUAACCUCUGUUGAAAACUUUCAGAUUGUUCCCAAAUCGGUCAGUGAGAAGCAGCAGCAGGAGGAGCCGCAACUGUCCGGCGGUCCAGUUUCCCCGCUGAGUGCUCCCCGCAAGAGCAGCACCCAAGCCUCAGUGGGCAGUGCGUCCGACAAGAAAGCCGGCGACGCCCCAAACGCAUCUGUAGCUCCAAAGGUCAGUAGCAGCGGCCUUCCACCGCUUGCAGUGCCACCAGCCAAGCCAGAGCGCAAACUACCCGAAAACGUAGCUCCCAUUCCCGAGAACUUUGAAGACAAAACGGAUACUAAGGGCGACGCAGUCGAUGUGGACACCGCCGCCGAGGAACUGCCGAAGAACGAAAACAACAAUCGUUACGCCAAUGCCGUAAAUGAUAUGGAGGGCAACAAAAAUGUAGGUGUGGCACCCAAACCUCUUGAGGAUUCGGGUGCACACGAAGUUAAGGACGCGUUGAACGAGCUCAGCUUUAAUUUGCCUGCCGCUGGUGGCGGUCAGAAUUUCUUCGACGGCGAAUUGCCGGCUCCUGGUCCCGGUCCCGUUCCCGAUGAAACGGCCAAACAGAUGGCUGAGGCAGCCGGGGUCGGCGGAGGAGGCGAUGGAGAUGACGACGACGAUGUAGGUGAUGUGGCCGUGAAACAGCCACAACAUCUGCUCGAUACAGACAAUCUAAACAACGAAAUCGUGGCCGACCAGGGCAAGGAGUUCGCCGAAGGCAUCCACCUGGAAGACGGCAUGGAUGAAGAUCAAGAUGAAGACGACUACUCCCACGGUGCAGCACGCAAGAAGGGAGGCGAGGUUAUUAGAGAUUAAGUAAGAUAAUUUUCUUAUAAUAUUGAGCGGCAUGUGUGCAAAGGCUUAGAAAACCCUUUAUAUUAAAGCCGUGCUCGGUAAGCCAUAGAUUUGUGGGUUAAUCAUAACGAAAUUCCGCAAACCGAUCAUUGAAUUUGUACGUUAAUUUGCGAUUAUAAAUCGACAUCUAUUCUGGCUUGAGCACGCCCUAAGCUACUUAGUUUGUAAGUUAAGUUCGACGUCAUUUCGUUAAUAGUAAAUGAAAAACAAGAAAUUUAAACUCGCAGGAAAUACAAUACUCUGAGAUGGAGCUACGAACAAAGGCAGACAGUUUACUGUCCGAGCUAAGGUCGAUUUAAAAUGAAGUCUGUUUCGGAUCAGCCUUACAAAUUAUGUGUCGCAAACUAACAACAAUCGAUGUUGUUGCUAAAUCCUCAACCAUUUCAUUAACGAAGGAGACCAUCUUAAAAAUAUAAUGUAGCUACAUAUUUGCAUCUGCGUA